AGAAAAUUCAAAAUAAAAGUCAGCAAUACUCUAAAACCUGCCCGCCCUCACCGUGCGCCAAUGGGAGUGGAAUGUUGGGCAGAAGGAGCAAAGCAAACUGUGUAGGGUUUAUCGGCUCUCACUCCCUUGCUCUUACUCAUUUUCAUCUAUUGCUUUUUUAGGUAAAACCCUUUCAUUUCCAAUUGCUGGCUAUCAUUUUUUCUUUCCUGUAUCACAUUUCUUCAUUACCCUAUUUGUGGGUUUUAGGUUCAUGCGGCGUUUUCCAAUUUUGCUGCUUUUUCUACCCUUUGUUUGGUGUAUUUUUGACUGAAAUGUUGGAUUAGUAUAGUAAGGGCAAAAUGUACUUCGUUUCUUUAUCCUGCUGCUGUUUUUGCUUUAACUUCUGGGUGUUUUGAAUUGGGUUUUUUUCCUGUUCUUUUUGGGGGGUUUUCGGAUGGGAAAAUGUUUUAACAAUUUCGAAAACAUGAACUUUGUUUCUUAUGUUUCCCUUUUUGUUUGAGAAACAAGAUGCUACAAUGUUCCAUCUUGUUUAUUUUUAAGCAAAGCAUUAGCCCUUUCUUGUUUUAUCUGGGGUUUAGACUUUAGAUUAGAUUGACACUCAAUUUCUCACUCGAUGAUUAUUAUUUUGACUGCUGAAGUUGGGUUCCCUUGUGCACUCGUGGUUCUAUUAGAUUUUAAUGUUUUGAUUGCUGGUGCAGAUUCUUGGAAACAUUGAUUAAAAUCUUCUCAGAUUAUGCAUGCAUUCAAAGGUGGAUGGGUUGGGCAAACAUUUGCCCUCGCCACUCCUAAUGAUUCUGGAGGGAAGAAAGCAAGGAUUAGACGUUCGAAAGAGGAGAGGAAGUCAAUGGUCGAAACUUUUAUAAAGAAAUAUCAGAAGUCAAAUAAUGGAAAUUUCCCAUCCCUCAAUCUUACUCAUAAGGAAGUUGGUGGUUCUUUUUACACAGUUCGGGAAAUUGUUAGAGAUAUAAUUCAAGAAAACAGAGUGUUGGGUCCAUCUAAGCUGCCUUUACAAGAGCAGAAUGUUGACAAUCUUUUGCAGCACUAUCCCUUAGGGUCAAUCUCUGUUGAUCCUGAACUAUGCCUGUCUCCGUUGAACGAUACAGAGAUCACGUCUCAUGUUACACAGGAUCAAAAUCAGGGUACUAGUGAAGAGCUUUCUGAAAGCUCUAAUGUUCCUGUUCAUCAAGCCAAGCACCAAACUUUAGACAUUAGACAGCAAGAUAGUGGUGCUAUUGAUCAUGCUGACGAUUGUACAUCAUUUGAGAAAUCCAGCGACAUUGAAGGAGCUUCUCCUAUUGAAGGAACCAUUGAGGUGCAGCAACGGAAUUUGACUGGGCAAUUGCUGACAUCUGAAGCUCAGAAGUUUGACGAUGACCUUGUUGGCAAAGGUACUGAGACAGCUGCUGAAGAUGAAGUAUCUUAUGCUCCAGAGCUAGGUACUGUUGUAUCUGUCCAUGGAGAAAAUAGUUUCGAAGGUAUACAUGAAAGUACUGAAGAUCAAGCUCUACAUUUAGAUAGAGAAAUUCCAGGAGAUGGACUUCUGAGCUCUAAGCAACAAGCCAUUGUCAAUGGCACUACUCAGGUGGCAGAGAAAAACGACGUGAAAAAAAGUGAAAGGGUAGAACUAGAAUCAUCCAACACCGAUAGAACUUUAGUGAAACCCGAUAUACAAGUGGAAAAAUUCCCAUUGCGUCCUGUUGCCAAGAAUAUUAAUAUCAUGAAUGAAGCAUUGGAAGUACAACCAACUAAAGCACUGGAGGUGAAUGGAAAUGAAAAGGUCAGACUGCACGUUUCAAAUGGUUCUUCUGUUUUGGGGAAUCCAGAGGUAGGUGGACACGCGGCUAGUCGAAUUGUUAAGGGAAGUGAAGGAGUGGACGAGGCAUCCUACUUAAAUUUCAAGGAUCCAUCAUCAGAAAGUUCUCAUUCUUCUCCAACCAAAGAAUCUGCUGCAUUUGCUAUUAAUAAUGUUGCUGAGCUGGGAGCCAAGGGUUCUUCUUCUAUUGAAACUAAGCCAGCAAGCUCUUCAACGCCUUUCAGCGGAAAUGUGAAUGAUAUUGCUGACAAAAAAUCAACUUCAAAGACAACUUCUGGCGUUAAAUAUAAACUGAAUAUUGAACACAAAAGCGGCUCUGAGGAAGGAAUUGAAUCAAGGUUUGAAAGAAUCAACCAGUAUGUAUUCCUAUCUCCUGUUACUUUUUCAUGGAAACUUCCUGCCAUAGUUUUUUAGCACAAUUUGCAUCCACCGCAAAGGAAAUACCUACAUCUCAUUAAGUUAAAUUUUACUUUGUGCAGUGAAAGACAGAAAGGGGCAUCAGAGAAGCCUGCCUCAUCUGAAAUGAAUCCACUUGUUGCCUUAUUCAAGGCAUUUAUGGAUGCUAUUGUGAAAUUCUUGAAUGAAUAGGGAAUUUUGAUUGCUUUAUCAGUAUAGUUAUUAGAGAGAGUUAAGUUUAUCUGCAGGGUAUUGAGCAUGUAGUACUAGAGAGUUUCCUGUUAUCAUAGUUGGAGUUGAGGCUGGAUCCAUGGUGGUGACUGAGGUCAAAACCACGACUCCGGAGAAGAGUUGAGAAGCUUACAAGAUAGCUACUUUCUGAAGGAAAACAGAACAGGUGGACCAAAACCACAAUCUCUGUAUAUUAGGAUUCAACUUCUUUUGAGUUUUGUUGAGUAAUUUUAAAGUUCUCAUCGACUGUUUAUCAGGCUGGGAGUUUUUUUCUUUUCUUAUCAUUGAGCAAUAACACAUGGGCUGUACUACCCUAUCCUAGGAUUGAAAACUGGAGAUGAUAAGAUGAAUUAAGCUUUGUGGAUGAGUUUUUGAUAGUUCACCAACCUAUGCAUGAAUUAAGCUUUAAGUACUUCUCCUGUUCCAAAAUGAUUGUAUUAUUAUUCGAAAUAUCAAAUAGGACACAAUCAUUUUGGGACGAGAAGGGUAUAUGUCAAAAUGGCAUUAAUUAGUCUUCGUGUUUGCAAGAGACAGGUUGGUGAAUGAGACUUGCAGAAGUUGAUGUAUCGACUUCAUAACUUUAAAUUCGUCAUUAAAGUCGUGU